GCCUACAAACAAUUAGCAUUUUCCCGAUUCCCGUAAAACUUAAAUACUUGGAUAUUUCAUAUAAUAAUUUCACGCAGCUACCAAGCUUCACGGGCUGCUGUCAAAGUCUACACACCAUAGAAGCUCACCAUAAUCAACUUUAUACCUUAGCAGAAUUUUUAUCCGUGUAUAAAAUAACAGCACUACGCAUAUUAAAUUUAAGCCAUAAUAACAUACGAUUUUUGAGUCGCCUUCCGGAGAAAAUGUCCACUAUAGAACAAUGUCUUCUACAGAGCAAUGAACUACAAACUCUUCCAGAAAACUUUUUCGCAAUAACACAGAAACACCUUCGGAUUUUGAAUGCGUCCUGCAAUAAAUUGGGAAUGAACUUGCAUUUUGAGCAGAAUGAGGUACUUCGUUCUCAGCUCGAGGAAGUAUAUAUAUCUAAUAACAGUUUUAAUGAAACUAUUUUAAAUGUGCUUGUUAAUGCUAAAAAACUGCGUGUGCUCCACGCGGCUUAUAAUAAAAUCAGUGAACUUCCAGCAGUCUGUCUUCGUAAUUGGGCAGAGUUGGAGAUAUUGGUGCUGUCAGGAAAUUUGUUACAAAACUUACCGGAAAUUAUUUCUACACUAACAAAGUUAAAGGUACUACGAGUGCACUCAAAUUUGUUGCUUUCGACACCUACAUUUUCCAAGCUGAGUAGCUUACAGGUAUUGGACUUGGCGCAUAAUCAUCUGGAUCGUAUUAACUUGCUAAGUAUAGUGCCAAAGAAUUUGAAGUACCUCGAUUUGUCUUGUAACUUACAGCUGCAAGUUGAUGAACAGCAAGUUAAAGUGUGUCAAAGCCAAAAGCACUGGAGCUUGGUGGAUGUCUCAGGUAAGAACCGCUUGUGCCUGCCAACUACGAAAUUGGAGUAUUACAUGGAUAAUAAUAUGUUAAAACCACCUUGGAGUUUAGGAUUUUCUGAAACACCUGGCAAUGUUAAACGAUUAUUAGUUAGUCAGCUGCGCCUAUGUAAUUUUAACAAGGAUGAAGGUCUUUUUGGAAUAAUUGAAAGUGAUGUAUCUAGUGCUGUUGCUAACUCAGUCGCGCAAACGGUGCCAAAAAUAAUAGAUCAGGAACGUGCUGUAAAAGAGGCUAUAAAUGUGUAUAUGAAGUUCACGUUGCUGACAGCGUUACAGAAGCUAAACAAAAGUGGUGAGCUUGGCAAUAUCGGUAUUACGAUUUGUCAUAUAUCUCGGGAGAACGUGAAAGGUGUCAGAGACUAUGUAAGACCCAAUAAAACAAAAAAAUACAUUUUACGAGUAGCUAGUGUCGGUAAUAUUGGUGCUUAUUUAGUCCGUAAGACCACAAAUGUUUGUCUGACCAAUAUGACUGAAAGUCCAGCAGAGUUCGAACAAACGAACUUAUUAAUGAAUGUGCCUAAGCUUAACAAUAAUAACAGCAAUAAUAACAAUAAUAAUAAUAAGAACAACUAUCACUAUCAGAAAAACUCAAAUAAAUUAUUGCACAAUUUGCCAGAUCCGAAAAUCACUGAAGUUCCACUAAGUAACGAAGAUGAAUAUUUGGUUAUUUGUAACGGAAACACUUGGGCCAAAAUGGACAUAAAUCGUGUCGCACGUGAAAUACGUAAAGAGGAAAAUAUUUUACUAGCUGCGAAACGUGUUCAAGAUAUAGCUCAAAGUUUUGGUGCCAAUGCAAAUUUAAGCGUGAUAGUUUUAAGAUUCCGAAAUAUUGGCACCGAUGUGGAUUACUUAAUUAAGGAACUCAAACAAACCGUUCGCAAGAAACCAAUUAGCACAAUUGCCGCAGCCGCUGCAUUGCUACCCAACGUUUGUAAACGUACAUGUUGUGAACGUAAUAAUAUCUGCCGUCAUCGCAUAAUUGAACGACCUGCAACCCGCAGUGAGCGCUCUUCUCCAAGCGGUCAAAGUGAUCAAGUCCUAAGUCCAAUAAAUAAAGGUGAAGAUUAUAUAUUGGCACAUGCGCAUGUACUUGAGGAGGAAAAUGAAAUGGAAGUUCUUGAUGAAACAGAUUCUGUUCUGUCAGAGGAGCAAUUUAAAUGUUGGGAAUAUAUGUUGGAGCAAAAUACACAAUUACUUUUUGAUAAAGAACUGAACACAAUCUCAAAAUCAUUAACCAAAAAUCAAACCAAUGAACGAAAAUCGAAUUUGAUGAACAAUGUUAAAAGUAAAUUUAUAUCCACAAGCUCACCGCAAUUAAUAAAUAGUGAAGUUAAGAAACGGUCAGUAUCACCAGGACAACUGCAUCAGGAACAGCAAUCACAACAACAAAACCAGCAGCAGCAAAUGUCAUUUCUUUCGAAACAUUUUGGCAGCAGUCGAUCCUUUCAAGCAGUCACAUCCAGUGUCGCGUAUAAUUUUUUUGAAUCAAAGAGUCGCAAUUCUGUUACUGCUUCGCCCUACACUAAAAUCAAUGGUUGUGGUCCACAUGCAGCCUAUUUCGGUUCCUUGCAACGUUUAAUGCCAUACAAUUUGGAAUAUGAUUUUGCGGUAACUCAAGAACGUUCCGCACUAAAUGAAGAUAAUGACGAAGACUACAAUGUUCAUGACAGCAGAAUGCGAAAAUAUUGGGGUGUUGCAACAACGGAGUUAUAAUAUUUAUGUGUACUAAAUUUAUAAUAUUAUUUAUUUA